CGCAUGCGCCUGGGCGCGAGGUGGUGACGCAGGACCUGGACUCGCGCGUCCAGCGGAGAAGCAGGAGAAGCCGGCGACCUUGCGCUCUCAGCCUGAUCCCUGUCUGGCGGCCAGAACAUUCGCAGCUGAAGAGAUGGCGUUCGUGAAGAGUGGAUGGUUACUUCGACAGAGCACUAUUCUGAAACGCUGGAAGAAGAAUUGGUUUGACCUGUGGUCAGACGGUCACCUGAUCUACUACGAUGACCAGACUCGGCAGAGCAUAGAGGAUAAGGUCCACAUGCCCGUAGACUGCAUCAAUAUCCGCAUGGGGCAUGAGUGUCGGGACAUCCAGCCUCCAGAUGGGAAGCCCAGAGACUGUCUGCUGCAGAUCGUCUGCCGAGAUGGGAAGACCAUCAGUCUCUGUGCAGAGAGCACAGACGAUUGCCUGGCAUGGAAGUUUACACUGCAGGAUUCCAGAACAAACACAGCUUAUGUUGGCUCCGCAAUCCUGUCCGAAGAGACUGCAGUGGCCGCAUCGCCACCUCCCUACGCAGCCUAUGCUACACCGACCCCUGAGGUCUACGGCUAUGGUCCAUACAGUGGCGCGUACCCAGCAGGAACUCAAGUUGUCUAUGCCGCCAACGGGCAGGCAUAUGCAGUGCCAUACCAGUACCCGUAUGCAGGAGUUUAUGGACAACAGCCUGCCAACCAAGUCAUCAUCCGUGAACGGUACCGAGACAGUGACAGUGACCUGGCCCUGGGCAUGCUUGCCGGGGCAGCCACGGGCAUGGCCCUGGGCUCUCUGUUCUGGGUCUUCUAGAGCCUUCAGCAUUUUCUGUGCAUAGCUUCGGUUAGUCCUGUGUGCGAUAAUUUGAUUUGCAGGGCAUUUCUGUUUGUGACAAGUGUCUUUCAUAAUAAUUUAAAUAGUUCUUUUGAAGAUGGUAAUCUAAUAACUGUGAUUGACCUGGAUGGUACCACAAAGAAAGCCCGAGGUAUGCUGUGAGCGAGAGCCUGAGUCCUUCCAGGUACCAGUUGCAUCAAGUCUUUCUUAGGGACUCUUGGAUGGCUUUGUAAACACACCAUCUAAAAGGGCAUUUUCCGUUCAGUUAGGCUCAGUGUUGAAUUGAGGGGUGGCUUUCCUUGCUAUGCCAACAACAAUAAUGGCAACGGAAGAGGAUGUGUGUGAGUGUGGGGGGAGAGUCGCAGCUUCUUUAACUGUGGAAUCUCACUCCAGACCCUGGCUGCAUGUUACCCUAGGAGCUGUGGGCUGGUGGCUCCUGCAGGACUGUGAUGUGAGGACCCCAUAACCUACCCCUUGGAGUUCCCAGAUACUGGCAGGAUCUGCUCAGGAUGCAGAGGGCCACCCCCUCCCUUUAAUUAUGCUCCAGGAAUCUGCCCAGUUUUACAUUCUUGUUAUUCUUCUGUUUACUUUUCCCGGGGAUGACUGGAAACGGUCUGGAGUUAGGAAUUGAUUUGAGCCUCAGAAUUCGAGCCUCUCCCUUUAAGCCCUGCUGAAUAAAGAAGUGAGUGUCAGCCAGUGGUGGGAGGUACACUGGGAGCUGCCCGGUGAUGUUUUCAGUGUCUGCUUUAGGCGUAUUGAUUGCCAGCCCAGUCUGCAGAGAGCCUAUAGAGCCUAUUUUUCUACUUGUAAAGAAAGUAUAGUGAGGGGAAUUGGGGAGAGCCUUACUUAGAAUGUUCCUGCCUCAGGCCUUCUGGGGCCCAAGCUUCACGGGAUGCUCUUUAACUCCUGGUGAGGCUCUUCCUCGGCAGGCAGUGGUCGGGAGGCCCCGUGGGUGUCCAGAGAGACUCAGGUUUUGAGUGAGAAAUGGGGAUUGGGUAGAGAGCAUCUCAGGGAUUCGUUCUAAUCCCUCAUGUUAGUGGGGAUCCAGCCUUGUUCUCAGUCCUGACCGGCUCACAGCAGAAGAACUUAAAACACUUCUAGUCCCCAAACGUGUGACACUCUGGGAAACUCACAAUCUGGAUUUCUGACAAAAAUUUAUAUUUCCAACAUUAGAGAAUACAUGUUCCACGUACUUAAAAUUUCUGUUCUUUCAUGUUUUAAAGCUCCCAGUUCCAGCCAUGUGCCUGCCAUGGUUUUAGUUUCAAACAGUACCCUGUCCCAAAAGUGGGGCAGCACAGUGAAGGCCCUGCCUCUACGUUGCAUAGUCCUGUUUCUCCAGAAUGCUUUCCCAAAGGAAACAUACAUUCUGACUGUGCCCAGCCCUGAGCAUGUGUGCUGUCUUGCCAUACUGAUGGGCAGGUCUCUUGGUCAGUUCAAGCCCUCAGCCGAUCUCCGUGUGAGACAGUUGCCCAGUAGAUGAGGUGGUGCCCACAGUGCUUUCUCGCUACUCCUUGGAGACCUGUUGACACAGCCCGUACAGCGUCGCUUUAAUAAGCAGGAUGCGGAUUUUAACAGCCUGUGCUGUAAGACUGCCAUUUGCUCACAACGUCCCCAUUUGUAAAGCUCCAUGCGUUACGUACAAAACACUAAAACCACUGUUUAGUGUUGCGCAGGGAUUUUAAUUAGUUACUGGGAUUCCUUAAACCAUAGAGUCAUGUCCCUGGAGUACUUUUGAAACAGAAUUAUCUCCUGCUGUCCCAUAGGUGUGCCCUGCCUAGCCCUGACCCCAGUAGGGCCAGCUGUACCAGGCAGCCAUUGCUGAGCCUGACCAUUUCCUGUCACCAGUUACUUUGUGGCAUACCCAGUAGGGAAUAUUUUCUCAGGCAUCUCAUUUCCUCAGCCCCGCUCCCCAUAGACGACGUCCUUUCGAUGGCCUUUGCAGCGUCGUUUUGUACCUCAGUGAGUCAUGAAAUUCAUGAGUUGGAGGGAACUACUUGUCUGGUGUUGAGGAACUCUUCUCCUCCGUGGAGACUUACAAAUAAUGAUGCUGGGCUGGAAGAGGCUGGCUGCUGACAGGGUGUGUGGCUGACUUCAUUGUUCUUUUAGUUCUUUGAGUCAAGAACGUUUCAUAUGUAAGGAAAGCCCGAGGCUUCCUCAGAUCAUCCCUUGCCAAGAGGGCUCGUCUUAGGUCGCUAGUGCCCACAGUAGCCUUCUGGAGUGUAGCAAGUUCUUGCGUUUGAGACAGAAUGGUUCAGAUUUAUUUUCUACAUGUGUCGUUGAUCCUAUGUAACCUCUCAUUUCGCCUUCUAGUCUAUGUAGGUGAAAGGCAGAGAAUGCAGGCAGUCUUCUUUGUGAUUGCUUCGCUGUACUGUUGUGUCUACAGAGCCCAUUUUCUCCCUGAUUGUGCAUAUGGUAUGUUUAUAAGUGGACUUGUUAAAACAUUAAAUGAUCAUUAACCUUAAA